UGAAACGUCUUCUAGUGUUGUUGAACAGUCCCUCUGACCUACCUUUGUUAGUCGUGCAUUACCUUUUCCAGUCAUUGUUACUCUUUCUCUCAACUACUAAUCAGUCUGUAGUGGCUACAACGCUCUCUCAGAGAGUAACAAGUUCAGCACAACGCUCUCUCAAUGAAUAACAAGUUCUGCACAACGCUCUCUCAGUGAAUAACAAGGUCAGCAUAACGCUCUCUCAGUGAAUAACAAGUUCAGCAUAACGCUCUCCUUCUCUCAACGACCUACUUAUUCUAGUCAGCCCACUCAGCAAACAUUUGAAGAAGAUCUUAAAAGGAACGGACAACUCUCUCAACAUGUCCAGUCAAGUAGUAAAAGGGUUUGCUCGGGAGGUACGGCGACGGGGUGCCACACUGGAAAGUCUUCAGGCUGCUGUGCCUCCUGAGCAGCCGCAAUUGUCCUCCACAUCACGUAAAGUGACAUGGAAAUCAUCAUCAUUACCAUACUGGAGGACACGCUGCUACUCAAUGGGAACAAUGCUCCUUCUUGUGAUCUGCUGGGAGGGUCAGCAUCUUCAUGAUGAAAUCCUCUACACUAUUGUACACUACAUAUUUAGUGUACAUAGUGUAGAGAUGGAUGAGCAAGACGAAACCAGCUUAAACUGGACACUACUGCACUACUGUGCAUUGCGUGGAAAUGAUCGACUAGCAAAUAUUCUCAUCAGACGUGGAGCUGAUGUCAAUGUGCAGACCAGCUUUUUACGACAGACUCCACUUCACGAGGCAGUCGACAUGAACAACAUCAACUUUGUCAAGGUGAUGCUGUCACAUGACAGUGACGGUGUCACCUUGGAUACCACACUGCGUGACAGUGAAGGGAGAACAGCGUUGGACCUAGCCAGGCAAAAGAAGAAUGAGGGAUGUGUGCAGUUGCUGGUGGAUCACGAGAGUGCGAAGGAGGCCAAACAGCAGCAGCAAGCAGGAAUGGAGCCCCUGUUGAUUGUUCCAGAGCGUAAACUCAGCGUACCCAUCAUACGCAUCAUUCUGCUUGGCGAGACUGAUGUUGGCAAGACAUCGUUGGCACUCUCACUGUCCAAAAAGAAGAUAGAAAGACGUGAGAACAACACCAGUACAAUGGGGGUGGAUAUGAGCACGGUUGUCAUCGGUGAUGAUAGUAACGACGUCCAAGAAGUGAUAACCGGUACAGGCAGUGACGAAGCGCUAAUUCGUCAGGUGGCAACCUUGAUUCGUCAAGGUAGCAGACUGCAGCCAGAAUCCUGUAGUUCACCAAACAGUUGCCCAUCCACACUCUCACCCAGCACUGCCAGCAGCAACAACAGCAACAACAGCAACAGCAGCUCAGUGCAUGUACACGGAGACGUACUGGAAGCAAUCACCUCUAGAGUAACAUCAGAGCAGUAUGUACGUGAUCUGAGUCAUCUCAUUGCCAACAACUCUAUGAAGGUGCUCAGAAUCUGGGAUACAGCCGGACAAGACUGCUUCCGUGUCCUGCAUCACAUGACGUUUGGUGCUGAACGUACCUCGUACGUUAUUGUCUAUAAUGCCAAGCGCUCUAUCAAAGAAGUAGCAGAUGAGAGUAAUGUUCGUGUGCACGGUGAACACCGUCCAUACGCUGGCGCUCUCCCUGGCCAACCGAGCUUGGCAUACGUGCAUGAUGCCCUUGAAACUAUUCACAACAACUUGCCGGAUGGAUGCAGUUGUCGUGUGUUUCUUGCCGGUUGUCACAUUGAUGAGCGCCAGACCCAUUUUGCUGCUGCUGCUGCUGCUGCUGAUGUUACACGUUCAGCAACUUUCAAUGCUGAGCUUGAUAAGGAACGAGACGAUAUCAUUCAGAGCAUCGCCUGUCAACCAUUCAAGCACCUGCUGAAAAAGGAAGACAUCUUCUUCAUUGACAACACCGUCUCAGGGCAAGAAGGCGUUGCGGAGGACAAUCAGCUGAUUGCUUUGCGCCAAGAACUCUGCAUGCAGAGUCAGCAACAAGAUUCCAUUCCCAUGUCUCGUCUCCUGGAAACGCUGUCAAUCAUGGAACUCUCUGUGCAUCCGGAUCUGCGUGCUCCGUGGAUACCACGCCAUAAAGUGGAGGAAAUGCUGCGUCGUGUGAACCCAAAUCCAGCCGAAUCCGUUGAUGACAUGCUGGCUUUUCAACAUUCGUCUGGCACUGCCCUGUACUAUCCAGACAGUGAACAACUGCGAGAGAACAUUGUCAUCAAAGUUACCGAUGUCAUGAAGCUUUCCGCCGCUCUCCUUCAGCCAUGUGUCACCAGGAAUGACCUCGGAGAUGAGCAUGUAUCGCUUGAUGAUAUUCAGCGCUUGCACCGAGGUCUUCUGUCUGACAAAGUGGCGUUGUGUUUGUGGAAGAAGUUCUGUCCACACCUCCAUCCGCUCAUGCUGCACAGAGAGAGUCGCAACUUCUAUUUUCGUCUGAUGGCUAGGUUGGACAUUCUGUGCCAAGCUGGUAAGGUGCACUCACAUGAAGAAGAUGGUGAUGUUGGCGAUGCCCUCUUUUUCAUGCCAGCAGCUGCUGCAGCUGAGAAGCUUUCCAGCCCUCGUGGAGCGACUUCCGAAGAAAUGAUCCUUUCUUCGAAAGAUGGAUGCCACUUUCCUCAUUCAACGUUCCUGAGGCUUGCAACAUCCUGUCUCUCACAUUACAAUACCCACCAUGGAACGCACAAUGACGCAUCGUGGGCCAACACCGCACUUUCUAAAUGUGCAAUGCGUCUGCCCUUGCCUGACAAGAAGUGGCUUGUACUCCGGUACAUGAAGUGUGGUAUCGGCCUGCGUGUGGAAGCGAAUAGUCUGCGCUAUAAGUUCCGUGAAGGCCAUGGUGUUGCUGUUCUGGACAUGGUGCACAAGCAGUUAGAAAGCGUUCUCACACUGGCAAAUAAACAUCUCAAGUUGAAGGAGCUGGUGAAGUGUGGCUGUGGCACAAUGAACCAACAUGUACUAUGUACCCUGCAUGGUCGUGCUGAGUGCUGCAGGACAACGCCUGGCACAGCCGCAACAGCAGCAGCUCAGAGUAGAAGCAACGCCGCUGCCACUUGUUUCCACACGGUUGUUUCUGUGGAGCUUGGCAGUGUGCCCAUGUGCCCAGCAGCUUACUACGAAGGUCACCAUGCUGCCCAGAGCCUUCCAGAAGGUGCACUUCAAUUUUGGAAGGCGUGGAAGCAAAACGAGGAAUACUGCAUUGUUCUUGCAUCUAAUUCCUCGUCUUGCUCUCCCCAAGCACCAGCAACACUGGUAGCAGCAGCUGCAGCUCCAGCACGAGUAGCACCUUCAGCAGUAUCAGCAGUGACAUCACUGUUAGCAGCCUCUGCAGCAGCUUCCGCAGCAGUAGCAUCUCCAAUAGCAGCAUCACUGUUCGCAGCAACAGCAUCAGCACCUUCACCAGUAUCAUCAGCAUCACCUUCAGUAGCAUCACCUUCAGUAGCAUCACCUUCAGUAGCAUCACCUUCAGUAGCAGCACCUCCGGUAGCAUCUGCAGCUGCAUCAGCAAUGACUACAGCAGGAGCCUGUACCAGUGUGGACAGUAGAAGCGGUGGUCACGGUGCUCGUGGAAGCGGUCAUCACAGCGCUGGUGGAAGCGGUGUUCACGACGCUGAAUUCAUGUCACUUGGUGCCAUUGGUGGAAAGACACUUGAUCAGAUUGCCGACUGGCAUGCGUUUGUUAGCUCGAUUGAACCGUUCAUCGGUGGAGAGGAGGAAGGCGACGAGAGAGCAAACUGCGGUAAGGCGGCUGUGCAGCUAGUGGCUCCAGAAUACACAAACUACUACCGCAACGUGCUAAAGUCGUUUCACGAAAUGAAGAAAGGCAACAUCGGAGGCCCAGGCAAAGGAGAGAACAACCUCUUCUGUAUCCUGUUGUAUCUGAUGCAACGUCCGAGCACAACCGUCCAAGAGCUGUUUAACCUGCUGGCUGAUAAUGCCAAGCAUAGUCGGCGCCGUCUUUUCAGGGCAAUCAAGAAUGCCGAGUACUUGAAACAAUAAGCAGGAGAUGAGGCCUUGUCCAGAGAUGGCAGGGGGGGGGGCAAGCGUCUGCUCUCCGACCCCCAGCCGCUCAGUGCCUCGGCCGGAGCGGAUUAGCAGCCUGGCCGCCCUCCGGGCAGCGUCGUGGAGCCUGAUGUCUUUUGACCGGAGCGUUCGUACUAGGCAUCAUGGGCGCUGUGUGUUUUCAUUGCCAGUUGGCAUGUGUUGCUGUGAUCAGCUCGUGUCAUUUUCCUUCAUCAUGAAUUUACACAUAGCAGUGAUGUUUCUAAUGUCUUGAAGUACACUAGAAACUCACAUGCUAUUUUACUUUGAAUUGCAGUUCGUAAAUUUUGAAAAUAAUAAACUAUCAAUUUUCAAUCCAUGUCAGACAAUCAGGGAAGUUUUUGAAGCUCCUCUCAUUCCCGCCAUUAAUGUAAUAAGAAUAUUAAAAUUUCAAGACACGCUUGCGUGAGCCUUUACUGAAACUUGACUAACGAUAUUGAGAUCACCAUGUCUCUGUGCGUUGAGCCAAUCCACAUUGAUUUCAUAGAAGCCUAACCUAUAUCUUUGCAGACUUGAUUUUUGUAUCCAAAUUCAAGACUGAAGAUCUCACCAGAACUUAGUAGCAGAAUGCGGUUAAUUAAUGCGUUGAAAUAGGCUGGGAAUUUCUCGGUUCUAUGCUAGUAAAUACAAAUGGCAUUGCCUUACUCUUUUUGCUGUCAUCGGCUCACUGCUGAUGAGAUAUAACAAGGUGGAAACAGCUGGCUGUCUGAGAUUUGAGUAUGUUUUGUUUGUUUUUUUAAAUUGUUGAACACCUCCCUUUGGUGUCCCAGCAGCUGAGACUGCUGUUAUCACCACCAUGUCUUCACCUAUCCACCUCCCUUUGGUGUCCCAGCAGCUGAGACUGCUGUUAUCACCACCAUGUCUUCACCCAUCCACCUCCCUUUGGUGUCCCAGCAGCUGAGACUGCUGUUAUCACCACCAUGUCUUCACCCAUCCACCUCCCUUUGGUGUCCCAGCAGCUGAGACUGCUGUUAUCACCACCAUGUCUUCACCCAUCCACCUCCAAUUCUAAUUGCAACGCUUUACUAUUUUAAAAACACUCAAUCACUGUGUGACGUCAUUGUUGAUGUUCCCGGCUAUCAUUGCUGUACUCUU